AAGCAGCCCCUGCCCCCAAAUCCCCAGGACAGGAACCAUUCCCAGUUUCUUUUGGCGCUGGCCCAGGGUCUUCUCCAGGCUCACAUGCUUGCUGGAGGCUCCAGGCGGGUGGCGAGUUCUGCAGGGUCCCUUUGUCGCCGUCCAGCCAGGACAGUGUCCAGUGGCAUGAGUUGCCAUGGGGACUGCCAUCUGCUGUGUGGAUACCCAUCGGAAGGGCCCAGGGUGAGCGACUGCCCCAAAGGCCCAGCCUGCCCUGAACCCUGAGGCCAGCUGGUCGGCUUUCCCUGCCAUUAUGCCCCGAGCCAGGCCGGAGGGGGCUCCCAGAGGAGCUCUCGGCUCUAAGUCCCAGCCCCUCUCAGAGGAGGCGUGCGGCCGAGGUUCUACAGCCAGAGGCUUCUCGGCUCCGAGCUCCGGAGCCAGAUGUAACAUUGACCUUAAAUGGUAAAAGCUCCCCAGAGUGAAGGGAGGCUGGCCAGAGGAGGAAAGGAGAAUAACUCAGUUUUAGCCUGUGGAGCCCAGGCCUCUUGGAGCAUCUUUGGGGCUGACGCAGCGGAGGUUCCGGGCACACGUGGCCACUCCCAGCAGGAGGCUGCCAUGCCCCACAUUCCCGAGGACGAGGAGCCCCCCGGAGAGCCACAGGCAGCCCAGAGCCCUGCCGGCCAACAGGGUCCUCCUACUACAGGGAUAUCUUACAGUCCACCCCCCACGAUUGUCCUGACUGGGGAUGCCACUUCACCAGAAGGAGAAACUGACAAAAACCUGGCCAACAGAGUUCACAGUCCCCACAAGAGGCCUUCUCACAGACACUUGAAGGUGUCCACUGCCUCCCUGACAUCUGUGGAUCCCACGGGGCACAUCAUUGACCUGGUGAACGACCAGCUGCCAGAUAUCAGCAUCUCAGAGGAGGACAAGAAGAAAAACCUGGCGCUGCUGGAAGAAGCCAAGUUAGUGAGUGAGCGAUUCCUGACCCGCCGUGGGAGGAAGUCCAGGAGCAGCCCCGGAGACUUCCCAUCAGCUGUUUCCCCAGACCUCAGCCCCAGCGCUUCUCCUACAUCCUCUCGAAGCAACUCGCUUACAGUCCCCACCCCGCCAGGUUUGGAUGUGUGCAGUGGUCCGCCAUCCCCUCUGCCUGGAGCGCCACCACAGCAGAAGGGGGAUGAGGCCGACAUCUCUUCACCUCACCCUGGCGAGCCUAAUGUCCCCAAAGGGCUAGCUGACAGGAAGCAGAAUGACCAGAGGAAAGUGUCUCAGGGCAGGCUGGCUCCUCGUCCUCCUCCAGUUGAGAAGUCCAAAGAGAUUGCAAUAGAACAAAAGGAAAACUUUGAUCCCCUCCAGUACCGGGAGACCACACCCAAAGGCCUAGCUCCUGUCACAAACAGCAGUGGGAAAAUGGCCCUGAACAGCCCUCAGUCUGGCCCCGUGGAGAGCGAGCUGGGGAAGCAGCUCUUGAAAACGGCCUGGGAGGGCAGCCCUCUGCCGAGAAGUCCAACCCAGGAUGCGGGAGGAGUGGCUCCCCCAGCCCCCCAGGGGAGAAGCCCAGCUGGAGAGCCGAUGGGGCCCAAGGCUGGCUCCAAAGCUGAGCUUCCACCCACUGUGUCCCGCCCCCCCCUGCUGCGAGGGCUCUCCUGGGACAGUGGACCUGAAGAACCUGGCGCCCGGCUGCAGAAAGUGCUUGCCAAGCUGCCACUGGCAGAGGAAGAAAAACGUUUUGCAGGCAAAGCCGGUGGCAAGCUGGCCAAGGCCCCUGGACUCAAAGACUUUCAGAUACAAGUGCAGCCCGUGCGGAUGCAGAAACUGACCAAGCUCCGAGAGGAGCACAUCCUGAUGAGAAAUCAGAACUUAGUGGGGCUCAAGCUUCCGGACCUUAGUGAAGCGACUGAGCAGGAAAAAGGGCUUUCUUCUGAACUCUCCCCAGCUAUUGAGGAAGAAGAGUCAAAGAGUGGCCUAGAUGUCAUGCCUAAUAUUUCUGAUGUGCUGCUGCGCAAACUGCGGGUCCACAAGAGUCUCCCUGGAAGUGCCCCUCCACUCACUGAAAAGGAAGUUGAGAACGUGUUUGUACAACUGUCCUUGGCCUUUAGAAAUGACAGCUACACUCUGGAAUCUAGAAUUCACCAGGCUGAAAGGGAACGCAACCUGACAGAGGAGAACACUGAGAAGGAACUGGAAAACUUCAAAGCUUCCAUUACGUCCUCAGCUUCACUCUGGCACCACUGUGAGCACCGGGAGACCUACCAGAAGUUGCUGGAGGACAUCGCCGUCCUGCACCGCCUGGCUGCCCGCCUCUCCAGUAGAGCUGAGGUGGUGGGUGCCGUCCGCCAGGAAAAGCGCAUGUCGAAAGCAACAGAAGUGAUGAUGCAGUAUGUGGAGAAUCUAAAGAGGACGUAUGAGAAGGACCAUGCGGAGCUCAUGGAGUUUAAAAAGCUUGCAAAUCAGAAUUCAAGCCGCAGCUGUGGCCCCUCUGAAGAUGGGGUCCCUCGCACGGCACGGUCCAUGUCCCUCACGCUGGGAAAGAAUAUGCCUCGCCGGAGGGUCAGCGUUGCCGUUGUUCCUAAGUUUAAUGCCCUGAAUCUGCCUGGCCAAACUCCCAGUUCAUCACCCAUCCCCUCCUUACCAGCCUUGUCGGAAUCACCCAAUGGGAAAGGCAGCCUACCUGUCACUUCAGCACUGCCUGCACUUUUGGAAAAUGGAAAGACAAAUGGGGACCCAGAUUGUGAAGCCUGUGCUCCUGCGCUGGCCCUGAGCUGCCUGGAGGAGCUUAGUCAGGAGACCAAGGCCAGGAUGCAGGAAGAAGCCUACAGCAAGGGAUUCCAAGAAGGUCUAAAGAAGACCAAAGAACUUCAAGACCUGAAGGAGGAGGAGGAAGAACAGAAGAGUGAGAGUCCUGAGGAACCUGAAGAGGUAGAAGAAACUGAGGAAGAGGAAAAGGGCCCAAGAAGCAGCAAAUUUGAAGAAUUGGUCCAUUUCUUACAAGUCAUGUAUCCCAAACUGUGUCAGCACUGGCAAGUGAUCUGGAUGAUGGCUGCAGUGAUGCUGGUCUUGACUGUUGUGCUGGGGCUCUACAAUUCCUAUAACUCUUGUGCAGAGCAGGCUGAUGGGCCCCUUGGAAGAUCCACUUGCUCUGCAGCCCAGAGGGACUCCUGGUGGAGCUCAGGACUCCAGCAUGAGCAGCCUACAGAGCAGUAGGAAACCUCACACCUAGCCAGUGCCCUGCUGUGAGACACUCAGACUACCACCCUUUCCCUAAGUAUAACGUCAGGCCCAGGUGUGGACGCACUGCCGCCUAUCCCAUCCCAUCCCAUCCCAUCCCAUCCCAUCCCAUCCCAUCCCAUCCCAUCCCAUCAGGUCAUGAGGAAGGUUUCUUUUAACAUUUGGCACUUCUGUGGGAGCUAUUCAUACACAGUGACUUGAUAUUCUUUGAGGAUCAACAAAACUGCCCUGGGAAAGCAUCCAGUGGAUAAAGAAGUCACCUUCACCAAGGAGCUCUAUUGGAAGGGAAGGUCUCCUGCCCCUAGCUCAGGUGGCUGGGGAGAACUAAAACACCUUCACUGGUGGUUGGGGGUAGGGAGCGGGGCAUAGGGGAGGAGGAGGUAGCGGGCAGUAAAAAACUUACUCUCUUUUUUCCUCUCUGUAAUCAGUUAUCAGGAAGAAUUUGCUUAAUGAUUAAUACCCUAAGGAUCAGACCUGGAAUUUGGAGUUGCAAAGUGACUGUCUUCCCAUUUCCCAUCUCAUUUUCAAUAACUUCAGCCUCCCAUUCUCUCCUUUGGAAUGAGAGUUUCUUUUUACAGAAGUAGGAAAGGCUCUCAGAAAAAAAAGUACAGGCUGAAUUUAGCUCAGUGCUUGAAAUGGGAAGAUAUGAAUUAUUAUAUAUAUGCAUCUGUCCACACACACUGUUGUGUACACACAUACAACAUGCAUGUGCACAGAGCCAAAAACCCUUCAAAAGUGUGCUCUGGGUAUGUACCUCUGGAUAAAUAAGAUGCAUGCCAAGCCAACCCACAGAUUUUCACUAGUGUGGGGCAGUUACCAGACACCUGUUCAAUAAGCUGUCCACAUGGAUUGAAGAUGUUUUAAAAACACUGAAAACUCAUGGCUUCAAUGGCAGACUCACUAGUCUCCAUUUCAAACGCUGACUCUGAGCUGCUGUACAGCACAAUCUAUUCCCUAUUCUCUCUUUGAAAACAGUUAACCCACCUCACAGGUGAAUGAGGAGAGAAGAUGUGCUUUCUUCUUCAGUCUCUUACUCUGUGUGUGACUACAUGCAAGGGUAAACUUGCACCUCAGUGCUUCAGUUCAAAUAGGAUUUCCAACCCAAGUAUAAUUGGGGAUGUUUUAGAGCAUCCCCAGUUGUUUAGCACAGAAUGGAAAGAGCACAUCCCCUCUUCAACUUCUCUCCCCACUUUUACAGCCACUGCCUUCAUCAGUUUUGUAGGGGUGUUGAUUUCCAUGUGGGUUUUAUUGUCAUUGUUUUGCGGUUUUGUUUUGUUAUUGAUAUUGUUUGCUUUCAUUGCUAAAACUCAUAUAUGACUUACUAUGAACCAAGCACUGUUCUUAGUAUUAUAUAGGCAUGAAUUCAUUUAAGUCCUAAAGAAAAAGAAAAAAAAUAUGAAGUGGAUACUACCCUUCCCAUUUUCAAAUAAGGAAACUGAAGCACAAAAAGAACAAGUAACUUGACAAGGACACUCAACUAGUAAAUCAUGGGGCUGGAGCUCAACCCCAGGGUAGGCUGGCUCCAGAGCUGUGCUCUCCUUGACUCUUCUGAUAGUCUCCUAGCUGGAAGCCUCACAUUCCAGUCUUACUCCCCAAAGUGGCCCAUCAGCUACUCCAUCUCUGGCUCCCAAACUAAACAGUUUCUCUCAUAGCACUGGACCUCCACUCACUAGUUUUUCUCCAGCUGUUCUUCUCUUUUCUUCAGGUUACUCUUCUCGACCAAGUGCAAAAAUUAUCCCCUCCAUACCAACUUUGAUGACCUUCCUUCCAUACUCCUUACCAGACACAAUGUAAUAGGUCACACUCUCCUCUAUGUUUUCUGGCACUUUUUAAACAUUAUUAUUAUUGACCUUUACCUAUAGUAUAUCACAGCCUAUUUAUUUAUGUUUCCCCUAGCAUUUUUCCUCAAAGACAAGAACCAUGUCUUACCCAUCUCUCGGGUGAGUGCCUAGCAUGGUGGCUGAUGCUUGGGAGCGUUGUUCGAAUGUUGGUCGGUAAAUAUUGUUCAAAAGAACAAACAAACAUUCAAGGUGGUGGAGAGCAGCCUGGGGACAGCUGACAUGCUGCAUGCUUCCCAGUACCACCACCAUCACCACCAUCACAAUGCAAAAAGCAACAUCUCUCUUAACUUCAGCUUAUUUUGUUUCUCAGUCUACUCUGUGAGAGAGCAGGAAUGAGACCAGACUAGCAACAUCGUUUCCAAGCUCAAGGACUGGGCUCAAUGCAGUCACUCCUUCAGAGAGACCCCCAUCCCAAGGAUGCCCCACUUUAAAACAGGAUGUUUACCGAAGGGGGCAUCCUUUACAGUAGCUAGAAAAUGACUGAGGCCCAAGCCAGGGUUGAUCAAGGAUGUGCCAUUAAGGUAAAGAGCUACAGAGCAGGGCAGAGGGACUUUGGAGGCACAAGUGGAUGAUUUUCCUGGCCUCUUCCAGGGGGUCUGGAUACAACUGAAGGAGCUUUAGCUACAUGAGGCCCUCAGAGCCAAAGACAGGAUGCAAAUGGAGUUCCAGAGAGUGGCCAUGGAAGCAGGACUCCGGGUGGGGAAUGUUCAAUCUCUGCCUCUCUUAUUGUUCACUUGGUCACAAUUUUCCCACCUUUGUUUCUGGAUGAGUAACGGCCAGGAAGGCAGAUGUGGAAGCUCCUGCACCUCCAGCUGCCCCACAGAAAGGCCUGCAAGAGUACUUCCAGGCACAGGCCCUCUCCCACCCUAUUCCAUUUGUAAGAAGGGAGGUCAAGGAAAAGGACAUCUCCAAAAGGGAGCAUAAGAGUAGCCAUAUGUGCAAGGGCAAGACUGAAAAAGUGCUCAUGGGUCUAUCUUUCCUGGAAAGCAAAGACCAGCCUGAAGCAGUGGGAGCUGCUGCCCAAGCAGUAGUGAACUGGAGAGAAACAGGCCCUGGAUUUUCCAUGAGGAUGUGGAUCUGAAAGAAGAGUCGCCCCAAAUGCCUCUGAAGUCUGACAUCUCUGCUUAGCCCUAGGAGUCUGGUUCCCUGCCUUCAGUUGCAGAGUAAUGUGUUUGUGUCAUUGUUGAUGUCACCUCCUAAAAAGACCUUCACUUUCUGGCUGCCACAAAGCCAUAUGUGUUGCUCCCCAUAUACAGCCUGACAGAGUAAAUGGAGAGGGAGUGCUGGAUUCGUGUAUCACUGGCUGUCAGUUCCUCAUGUUGUUAAGCCUCACACAGGUGUGCUAGCAUUGAACUGUAGAGUGUCACAUACCUGAGUUUGAAAAUAAAAGCACAUUUCCAAACCUCUGGCA